AUGCUGCCCAUUAGCCACCUAGAAGUGGGGUACGGCGCGGAGGGCGAGGAUGAUCUCAUACGGCUAAAGGAGAACAGCGAUAGAUGGUGGCGUAUUCCGCUGUACGUGUUCGUCAUAGUCUACAUGUUCCUCGCGAUAGCCACCGUAUGCGACGAGUUCUUCGUGCCCGCCCUCGAGGCGUUCGUGGAUGAGUUCGGGAUCUCCAUGGAUGUCGCGGGCGCAACUUUCAUGGCCGCAG